AUGGCUGAGGAGAAUUCAGAGAAUAUUAUUUACCUCCAUGGGGAUCUGGAUCUCAAGAUUCUCGAAGCUCGUUGUUUGCCAAACAUGGACAUGGUAUCGGAGCGGUUCCGACGUUGCCUCACCGUAUUUAGCAUCUGUCGAAAUCCAUUUAGCUCCAGGCGCCGGAAAAAUCAUCAGCAUCAUCAUAAGAUCAUUACGAGUGAUCCUUAUGUUACGGUUUGUCUGGCAGGAGCUCGGGUGGCUCGUACGCACGUGAUAUCUAAUUCGCAGGCUCCAGAAUGGAAUGAGCAUUUUAAGAUCCCGUUAGCUCAUCCCGUAUCGCAGGUGGAAUUUCAGGUGAAAGAUAAUGAUGUGUUUGGCGCGGAUCUAAUCGGUGUCGCCACCGUAUCUGCCAAGAGGUUAGCCUCCGGCGAGGUUAUUGACGAAUGGGUUCCAAUAAUCGGAUCCUAUGGGAAGCCUCCGAAACCCGAUACAGCAAUUAGAUUGCACAUGGCCUUCACUCCAUGCUCCAAAAAUCCGAUUUAUUCGAAUGGGAUUCUGGAAGAUUAUGGAUUGAAGGAGAGUUAUUUCCCGUUGCGCCAUGGAGGGAGGCUGACAUUGUAUCAGGAUGCGCACGUGCCGGACGGGUUGCUGCCGGAGAUAGAGUUGGAUGAGAAGAAGAUUUUCGAGCACGAAAAGUGUUGGGAGGACAUUUGCCACGCCAUAUUAGAAGCGCACCAUGUGGUGUACAUAGUGGGAUGGUCGAUAUAUCACAAGGUGAAGCUGGUGAGAGAGCCAACGAAGCCAGUGCCGGAAGGCGGGUUUUUGAAUUUGGGAGAGUUGCUCAAGUACAAGUCUCAAGAAGGGGUGAGGGUAUUGCUUUUGGUUUGGGAUGAUAAGACUUCCCAUAACAAGUUCUUCAUAAAUACGACAGGAGUAAUGCAAACUCAUGAUGAAGAAACUCGAAAGUUUUUCAAGCACUCGUCUGUCACUUGUGUUCUGGCACCUCGUUAUGCGAGCAGUAAACUUAGCAUUUUCAAGCAACAGGUUGUUGGAACACUUUAUACACACCACCAGAAAUGUGUGAUUGUGGACACCCAAGCCCAAGGCAAUAAUCGGAAGUUAACGGCUUUCAUCGGUGGUCUUGACCUCUGCGAUGGCCGCUAUGAUACACCCGAACAUCGAAUAUUUUGUGAUCUCAACACUGUCUUUGAGGAUGAUUUUCACAAUCCAACAUUUCCUCCAGGUACAAAGUGCCCAAGACAGCCAUGGCAUGACUUGCACUGCAAAAUUGAAGGGCCAGCUGCUUAUGAUGUGCUCACAAACUUUGAGCAGCGGUGGAGAAAAGCCACUAAAUGGUCGGAGAUUGGACGACGGUUUAAAAGAAUAUCACAUUGGCAUGAUGAUGCUUUGAUAAAGAUAGAACGCAUUUCAUGGAUAAUUAGUCCUUCCACAACUGUUUCGAAUGACCAUCCAUCAUUAUGGGUUACCCAAGAAGAUGAUCCCGAAAACUGGAAUGUUCAGGUUUUCCGAUCCAUAGAUUCCGGUUCUUUGAAAGGAUUUCCGAAGAACGUCCAUAUGGCUGAGGAGCAAAACCUAGUCUGUGCCAAAAACCUGGUGAUUGAUAAGAGCAUUCAAAUGGCUUAUAUUCAGGCAAUAAGAUCUGCCCAACAUUUCAUAUACAUUGAGAAUCAAUAUUUCCUCGGGUCAUCUUAUGCUUGGCCCUCCUACAAACAUGCAGGUGCUGAUAACUUAAUCCCUAUGGAGCUGGCAUUAAAGAUUACCAGUAAAAUAAGGGCAGAGCAGAGAUUCACAGUUUAUGUUGUUGUCCCAAUGUGGCCUGAAGGUGUUCCCACUUCUGCAUCUGUACAAGAAAUUCUGUAUUGGCAGGGACAGACGAUGCAAAUGAUGUAUGAAAUUAUUGCCCGAGAACUAAAGUCUGCCAACAUCAAGAAUGCGCAUCCAACUGACUAUCUAAAUUUCUAUUGUCUUGGUAAUCGAGAAAAAAUGCACGGCAAAGGAUCUUCCAGUGGUCAGACUUCCCCCAAUUGCAAUGUGGUGUCAGCUUCAGAAAAAUUUGAACGAUUUAUGAUUUAUGUACAUGCCAAGGGAAUGAUAGUGGAUGAUGACUACGUGAUACUCGGAUCUGCAAAUAUUAACCAACGAUCUAUGGCCGGUUCAAGAGAUACAGAGAUUGCUAUGGGCGCUUAUCAGCCCCAUCAAACUUGGGCGAAAAAGAAGGCACAUCCACAUGGACAGAUUUAUGGAUACAGAAUGUCACUUUGGGCAGAGCACAUGGGAAAACUUGACGAUUGCUUGAAGGAGCCAGAAAGUUUGGAUUGUGUGCAGUUUGUAAAUCAUAUUGCUGAAACUAACUGGAAGAAAUACGUAGCUGACGAGUUCACUCCAUUACAAGGCCAUCUUCUCAGAUAUCCGGUUGAUAUAGAUGUUAACGGAAAGGUAAAUCCCUUGCCAGGGCAUGAAAAUUUCCCAGAUGUUGGUGGUAAGGUGCUUGGAGCUCCAACCAAUCUGCCUGACGCUUUGACUACAUAG